GCACCAGCCAUCAGACAUCACCAAGGGCGCAGGCAAGAAAAGAGUGGAGAGGAGUGGAGAGGAGAGGAGAGGAGCAGAGCUGGGCCUUCCGGCAUCCUCCUGACAGGCCUCCUUGCCUUAAGACUCUGGAACCAAAAACCAAAGGAAAAUGAAGUCCCUGUUGCUACUUUCGUUCCUUGGGCUUUUGCUAAGCUGGAAGAGAGGAGAGGCACUGAUUUCUCCCAAUGACCUCCAGGACAUGUCUGCCCAGGGGAGCAAAUACGUAGGUAAUGAAUUUGAAAAUGCUCUCAACGGCAUGAAACAGAUGAAAAAUCUAAUGGACAAGACAGGAAAGGACCGCAGAAUGCUGCUCAACAACCUGGAAGAAGCCAAGAAACAGAAGGAGGAAGCCAUCCAAGAGGCCAAGAACCUAGAGAAGCAGAUGGUUGGGAAGCCGGAGGUGUGCAACGAUACCAUGCUGGCCCUGUGGGAGGAAUGCAAGCCUUGCCUGAAACAAACCUGCAUGAAGUUCUACACAAAGGUCUGCAGGAGUGGCUCAGGCCUUGUGGGCCGCCAGUUAGAGGAGUUCCUGAACCAGUCCUCGCCUUUCUCCAUCUGGUUAAAUGGGGAUCGCAUGGACACUCUGUUGAAAGAUGACCAGGAACAAGAACAGAGGUUGAUGAAUCUGGAAGAGAAUUACAGCUUGGUCCAGCACAACAUUGAUGAGUUAUUCCAGGGCAGCCCCUUGUUCCCUGAGAACACACACCCUUUUAUCAUCAGCCCCUUCAGAGGGGUAUUCGACGACUCUCCGAGGCCCCGAUUCCGACCUUGGUUUUUCCAAAAGCAGAGAGUGGUCCGAGACAUUCCAUCUUUCUUCUCCCAACACCCAGUAGGUUUCCAGCACCUGUUCCAGCCAUUCUUUGAAAUGUCCCAGAGGAUUAUGGAAAGUGCCCACAGGGCUAUGGAAAGAGAAAGACAAUGGAAUCUCAGCAGCUAUCACACUUCAGAAAAUGGCACCAAUGAUCGUAUGGUAUGCCGGGAAAUCCGUCGUAACUCAGCAGGAUGCUUGAAGAUGAAAGAUCAAUGUGAGAAGUGCCGGGAGAUUUUGUCAGUAGACUGCUCUGACACAGACCCAAGCCAGAGCCGGCUGAGGGAAAAGUAUGAAGAUGCUCUUCGGAUAAUAGAGAAAUUUGGCAGAGAGUAUGAAGACCUUCUCCAGAUGUACCAGCUGAAGAUGCUGAACACCUCCUCCCUCCUGGACCAGCUGAACCGGCAGUUUGGCUGGGUGUCCCGGCUGGCCAACCUCACCCAGAGCAAGAAUGGAGACUAUCUCCAGGUCUCCACUGUGUACUCCAGAUCUUCAAACCCAGAGGACCCAUCCAAACCCUCCGACACAGAAGUGGUCGUGCAGAUCUUUGACUCAGAGCCAAUCACGCUGACUGUGCCUGCCGAGAUCUCCUGGGAUGACCCCAAGUUCAUGGAGAUCGUGGCGGAUGAGGCCCUUAAGCAAUACAAAAGGAUGAAUCUAGAAAAUCAAAUUGUGUGAUUGGAGCUUCCCCCACCAUUGAGCUGUGAGAAUCCAGGUCCCACAGCUUCUCCAAGAGGUUCCUGCAUGCUACCUAGUCACCAAGGUCAGGUGGGAUCGUAAAGGAGACCUUGGUCUAGUAGAAGCCCCUUUCACACCCCACAUCUGCCUGCACUUCCAGAUUUCACACUGUUAACACCUGUACUUUGCUGCUGUAGGGAGAUACCUCCCUCCUUGAACAACUAACUCAAUAAACUAAACCUGACAUGGA